GGCGCAGGUGCCUCGGGGGAUUGCGGAGGGGACCGGAGCACGAGGGGAACGGCCUGGGGGGAGCGCCCUCCCCCCCUCCUCCUUCCUCCGCCGACGCCUCGUGUCCCUUUUUAGGGAAUUUUUUCCCUCUUGCCGGCUCCAGUGCGGGUGGGGCUCAGACCGAGAGGGAGUUCUCCAUUUCGCUGGCUCGUGCCCGGCCCCUGGCAGACUCCUGCCCCCAAAUCUCUUCACCCUCUCCCCAGCACCUACAGUCGCGUAAACAACUCCGUUUCUCCAGCUCCGGGCUCCGCGGCCCCCCAGGGGGCAGCUCCUUCAGUCUCGUGAGAUCAGUGGGGCUAGGGGGAGGGGAAAAGACAGGGGGCGUCCUGGAGCCCCUGACCCCCGUCCGCUUCCCCCACCUCGACCUCUCCUUUCCCCUCCCCGCUUCUGGAGCACUGGCUCCAGGGGCCCUGGGUAUUUUUAGCGUUGUGACCUGGGCGGCAGCUCUAAGAGCCUUUCCCUGGAAUCGGCGUCAGCACCUCGCUCUUCCGCGGCCGGCCCGCGGCCGCUCGGUCUCUCCACACUUCAUUGGCCCUGCCUUGUCCACUCGGGGUUGGGUCCCUCUCCACCUCCGCGGCGCCCGUGGAGCUGGCCAGGGUCUGGGAUACGCUGGGUGCAGAUGAGGUGGGGAAGGCAGUCUGCGGAGGAUGACGUCUGAUCCUCAAGCUGGAAACUCUCCUGCCUCUGGUGAUGGGCUCAGAGCAGAACACCGGGAAGGAGAGGAGCAAAUGGGAGUGAAUGCACCGGCCUGGGCUGGCCCAUAGCCUCAGUGCUCUGGCUGGCUCGCCGCUUCUCAACCCUAGGGGUCAGAAAGCCUGCUCUGAACUGGACCCAGGACCCGCCUUUCCAAUUGCUCCUCGCUGACUAAUGGGGAGAUAAGUCAGUGGGAUGUGUCCGAGGAGGGGGACAGAUAAAGAACUGUGGGAAUUCAAAGGAAAGAUGGUCGUCUCCUAAAUAGCUCACCUUCACAAGCAGGGUCUUGUAUUUGAGGCAGGAGCUGACAUGGACCCAAAUCCUCGGGCCACCCUGGAGCGCCAGCAGCUCCGCCUUCGGGAGCGGCAGAAAUUCUUCGAGGACAUUUUACAGCCAGAGACAGAGUUUGUCUUUCCUCUGUCCCACCUGCAUCUCGAGUCACAGAGACCCCCCAUAGGUAGUAUCUCAUCCAUGGAAGUGAAUGUGGACACACUGGAGCAAGUAGAACUUAUUGACCUUGGGGAUCAGGACGGAGCAGAUGUGUUCUUGCCUUGCGAAGAUCCUCCACCAACCCCCCAGUCGUCUGGGGUCGACAGCCAUUUGGAGGAGCUGAGCCUGCCAGUGCCUCCAUCAGACAGGACCACAUCUAGGACCUCCUCCUCAUCCUCUGACUCCUCCACUAAUCUGCACAGCCCAAAUCCAAGUGAUGAUGGAGCAGACACGCCCUUGGUACAGUCGGAUGAAGAGGAGGAAAGGGGUGAUGGAGGGGCAGAGCCUGGAGCCUGCAGCUAGCAGUGGGCCCCUGCCCUGCCUACAGACUGACCAUGCUGGCUAUUCUCCACACAAUACCGUAGACCCAGCCAGAGCUUUCUGGGAGAAGACCAGACUCUUGACUUGUAGUAGGCACCAGAGGUGGGAAGGAUGGUGGGAUCGUGUACCUUUCUAAGAAUUAACCCUCUCCUGCUUUACUGCUAACCUUUUUCCUGCUUCAACUCUCCCACCAGUUUUUAGCUAACUCCUGAGAUAGGAUUUCCAAGUGAGGAGAGAGAAGAUGAGGUUGGACAAGAUAUCACUGCUUUUCUUAGCACUCUUCCCUCCCCCAAACCAUCCUGUAGUCUUCUAAUAGCGUCUCUCAAACAUGUAUCUCUAGAUGGACGUGAACUCCUUAACACAUCAAGUGAGGCGGUACUCAAGCCAUGCUGCCCCCUUACAUCCUUUUUGGAACAGAGCACGGUAUAAAUAAUAAACAAAUAAUCAUAUGCCAA